AUGAGAUUGGCGCAACAGUCGUGCGGUACUGAACCGAUUAGUGAUAAUGAUAAAUGUCAUCAUGUUAUCACUGCCAAUGAAAUGGUGCAAAAUUUUGCUAAUCGAUCAAUGCCGCCAAGCAAAAUAUCACCAUUAUCAUCCAAUAAUUGUGGCACAAAAGCUGACGAUUUUUUGCGCAAAUUGAGUAAUGCAUCUGUAAACAGUUCUCAAAAUUCAAAUAUCACUCGAAAAUGGGAACUACGAGGCCUUAGAAGAGGUGAAACUGCACGUGGCGCUAUCGGCCUGUUUAGUAGUAAACAUAACAGUAAUGCCUCUUCAGCUACAGAUAAUUCCAAUAAAUUGAAAAUAAAUCUGCGCAAUAAAUCUGCUUCGUUGGAAGAAACUAAUAUUGUCGCUAAUGGUAUGCAAAAAAUUUGUAGAAACAGGAAAGACUCUAAUAUUUCUGAGAGUGAAAGUGAGUGUCAGCCGAAUUUGCGAAUGAUUGGUAGAAGCGCACGUGACACAAUUAAAAUGUUCAAUAAUAUUGCUAAUGAAACAAAGGAGAAACUCGACAGGAAUCCAUUUUCAUCAACAUAUACAGCACCUAAGUAUGAUACAAGUGCGCAAGAUUACGGUCGACCAACGCAUGGAUCUAAAACGGAAGCACGUGGUAUUAGAGCAGGAGAUUAUGUAAUGCGUGAAGUGUUAUUUCUAUGUGAAGUGAUAAAUACGCAUGCAGAAGGCGAACCACCAAAUCGAAUCAUUCGAUUUGGUCCAUUAUUCUACAUCUAUGCACAUUAUUCUGAUAAAUUAGUUGGAAUGUUAAUUCGAGCCCGAAAAUACAAGCUGGUCGAUUUUGAAGGUGAAAUGUUGUAUCAAAGACAAGAUGAUGAUAAAAUCAUACGUUUGCUGAAACCAAUCGAAGAAAUACGAAAACUUGAACCUUCCGGUGAUCCAGUCAAUUGUAUUUCAGUCACUAACAACAAUGGUGUAUGA